CCGGCUUGCUUGUUGCAAAGUUUCGCGGUGGAAAGAUUCGUUUUUCCCAAUUAUCCCUUAACCAAACGGAGAAAGAAUAAAGAAAUAUAGUUUAUUAAAUAUAGUGAUUAAUCAAAAUGAUUGCCGACGACAGCGGUGUAAAGCAUUUUGAUCGCAAAUUUGUGGCGUCCAACCUGCAGAAUAUUCUGCGCUGCCCCAAAUGUACAAAAUGUUAUACCUACUCAUACAAUAAAAGUGAAGGACAAGAGAGAUACCGUCCCUUUCUGCUGCCAUGUGGCCACAAUCUCUGCGAGAGCUGCGUGUGGGGCAAUCGCCAGGAUCUGAAGUGCGCCGUGUGCCAGAGUCCAGCUUCUCCAACGAUCAAGGUCAAGGAUCCGGCCAGCAAAUCCGCCGCCAAUGUGCGCGACUACUACGAACUGAACUAUCAUGUGCUGGGGGAAACCAGCAGCCUCAGUUAUUUCCGACGAUUCGCCACGGAAACAGCAAAUAAAUCGCUGAGCCUUAGCUUGAUCAGCGAAAAUGUUGUCUUGUCCUCAAAGUGCAGCGAAUGUGGAACUGCAAUUGCCAACGGGGAGUGCAAACAGUGCAACGCCUUCUAUUGUCGCCGUUGUUUCGAGGCGGUUCACAACCACAGUCGCGUCCUAAAGUCGCACCUCUUCCAAAAAUCCCAGGAGACUCCAUCCACAAAGGGAUUACGAGUGGGCAAACAAUUCUUCACACUGCCUUGUAAAAAUGAUUGCUUUACGCACCGUAUGCUAAGGAACGUCUACUGCCAGAACUGUAAGCGGACUUUCUGCCCCGCUUGCAUCUCCAGUUUUCACCUGGAUCACCGCACUCAGCCGCUCUUGCAGAAGAAUCAACGUUUUGCCUCUGAGAUUCCGACGUGUUUGAAUUCAUUGAACUCCGCUCUGCUCAACAUACAAAAUGGACAGGAGGUGGUUCGAGCGGCCAAGCAAAAACUGACCGACUAUGCCGCCGAAACGCUGGCCAGCAUUUCCAAGCGUUUCUGCCACCUGCACGGCCUCCUCCAGGUGGCCGAGCUGCAGGUCAUCGAAAAGCUGCGCGAGUCCAGUCUGCCGCCGCAAAUGGAACUCAACGAAGCCAUGGGCACUCUGAGUGGCUACGAAACUGUGAUCAAACGUUUGAAACAAUGGUUGGAGAGUGGAACCGAGAGCAACAUGGGUGUGCCAAACGAAGUAUCCCUAAAGUGGCUGAUCACACUGGUUGGCGAGCAUAUGGAGAAGUUUCCCACGACUGUGCAGGUCAGCAAGAUUGAGGAAAAUCCUUACAGAGUGACCUGUAGCCGUUUCAUGGACAUGUCCAACAUUUUCAAGUGCGAAUUUGUGGACCCCAAGAUUCAGGUUCAAUUCAAGAACGAUUUUAGGAUUAACCGCAACAUUUCAGCGGCAAACAACGAAGACUUGACCUUCUCCAAGUCUUCCUGCAGUGGCAAGGAGAACAACAUCCUCCAGCCCAAUGUAAUGUCGAGUCAAAAGUCAAACCAAAUGACGAAGAGUCAAAAGAAACGGGCCAAAAAGGCGGAGAAGGCCAAAUCCAGUCUGGAUUCGACUGCUGCCACCACUGAUGAGUAUCCAGCGAGGGAUUUGGAUUUGGUCCUGAACUUCUCUGCACUGGAUAUCACCAAACCAAACAUGACAAACUCUUCAACAACUUCAAAGACCGCGGACAAGAGCGAUUGGUUCAAGACCGAUGCGCUGGUUAAGGUGCGCUCCGUUAAUUCGCCCGAGGAUUUCUACGUUCAGGGCGUCCAUGCCGCCCAGCGAUUGCGCGAGGAGUUGGACACAUUCUACCAGACGCUCACGGAAAGCCGCUCCACGCCGAAGUCGAUCGUAUUGGGCCAGAAUUACAUAACCUAUCACAAGGAUCAGGAUCGCUUCUAUCGCGCCAUGGUCAGCCAAACGCUGACCCCCCGGGAUAUCUACAAGGUCUUUCUGCCGGACAUCGGCCUUUACGUGGAAGUUCACAGCAGCAACUUUCGUGAGAUGCCCGAACGUCUGGCCCACUUGCCCUACGCUGCGGUGCACUGCAGCCUUAGGGAGCUGAUGCCCAACCAUGGUGGCUCCGAAUGGGAUACUAGGGCCAGCGCCUUCCUGAAGCAGAUUGUGCAGAACAAUCCCGUGCACGUGGUCGUGAAGAGAUCUCUGUCCCAAGUCCAAUAUGAGGUGGAUCUUAUCACGAGCAACUACAGUACCGACAUCUCCGUGCGCGAUUCUUUUUUAUACGCUGGCCUGGCGCGCUCCCGCUGCGGCCGAGCGCCAGCCAUUGGCCACCAGUGGCUGCAGCCUGCUCCGACCAUGCUGCGCCUGCCCAGGAUGACGUUCCAGUUCGGGGACGUGCUCAUGAUCCAGAUGCUGCAUGUGGAGGAUCCGCAGGAGUUCUACGUUAUGCGCCACGACUUCGAGUCGAAGCGCUGCCUGCUGCAAUCCAGCCUGCAGGCAUCGAUGGAUCGGAUCAACAUUAGCCAGCUGCAGAACAUUUUUCUGGGUCGUCUCCAUCUCGGUUGCGUGCUGCAGUCGGAUGGCCAGUGGAAGCGCGCUAGCAUCGAGCAGAUUCUACCCGAUGGGUACGUUCUCGUGCGCCUGGUCGACGAUGGUCCCAGCCAAAAGGUCUUCUGGGACCAAUUGUUCGUGCUGCCUCAGAACUUUUGGGACACGGAGCUGGCCAUCAAGUGCUGCCUGGCGGAUGUGGAGACCCGCGCGGAGCUGGCCUACAUGUGGACCUCGGAGGCGACGGCCUCCUUCAAGCAGCUCACCUCAAAUCCCAAGCUCCACAUGGAGGUGAUCCGUUCCACGGGGGAUGUGGUCUAUGUGGCAUUAAAUUUCACUCGUUCCGGUUCCGAGACCACGAGCGUUGGCGUGCAACUGGUUGCCCAAGGGUUCUGCACGUCGAGCGGGGAGAGCAGCAGGAUGAUCAAUCCCACCGAAUCCUCCCGAACCGUUCGCAUCGACGUGGAGACGCGCAAGUUUAUGGCUCAGCAGAAGGGACAGCCCGUGGAACUGGCGCCCUACCAGAAGGCCGAUAAAAACGAGCGCAACAAGCGGGUGAAUGUCACCAUUCUUCACGUCCGUCGGCCGGAUGAGUUCUAUGUGACCCUGCCCCAUUUCCAGCCGGCCAUCGAGCUGCUGCAGAAAUCGGUGCAGGAAACAGCGGCAGCAAUGUAUCAGGAUAUGAUGACCAGGACCAAUUGGCAAGUGGGCGAGAUGUGCUAUGUGCGAGUCCAGGCCAAGUCGGAUUCGCAGCUUCUAUGGCAUCGUGGAGUUGUGACGAAGGUCAUCACUCCUGCCAGUGGUAGCGAAUUGGUACGCUACCAAGUGCAGCUCAGGGAUUUGGGUGAGCUGGUCGACGAUGUCUUCAGCCGCUGCCUGGCCACCAUUGACGAGACCAACAUGCGCAUCUCGAACAGCGCCAAGCGUUGUCACCUCCACGGAAUUCGGCCAGCCGGUGAUGGUUGGUCUGAAGAUGCCAUCGAAUUCUUCAUGGAUCAGUUGCAGGCCUUCGACGAGAUUUACGUUACAGGACAUGGCCACACGGAGAACUCUUUGAGCGUGGUCCUUUGGGGCUCCCACACCAUAGUCAGUGGACCCUUUGCGCCUGCGCGAACAAAGUAUGUGAAUAUCAACUCGACCCUGGUGAUGGCCGGCAUGGCAGAGAAGGAUUCGGGUGCAGAUAACGAGGACGAGCAGUCGAUUAGCGUUCGCUCCACGGGCACCGCCAAAUCCAUCGACAUUAAGGCCUGGCAAUCGUAUAUGGAAAAGAUUGACAAGAUUGGCAGGGGAAAGAACGCGAAUCCCUCGGAUUUGCCGAGGGUAAAAGCUGGCUUCGAGCACAACGAAGAGAUGCCAGCGCUGGAACUGCUCGAGGAUUUGGGCAAGGCCAACCCAACGACUGGCCAGACGACACCACCGGCCGCUUGGACAGCGGCACGUAAGUGCGAGAAGACCAUCUUCACGGCCAUCGCCACCAAUGUGAGUUACGAGUGCUGCAUCUACUUGACUUUGGCCAACGAUAAGCCUUUUAUGGACCACAUGCGCAACCUGCUGGUUCGGAAAUACAAGCCGCUGAUGAAGAAGCAGCAAGAACGCGGCACUUCUUAUACCUACGAGGUGGGACAACCGGUGCUGGUCACCUAUCACAUGGACAACCUUAUCUACCGCGGAAUAGUGCAGCGCUUAAAGAACAAUCACGAUGAGUACACGGUGUACUAUGUGGACUAUGGCAACAUGGAGCAGGUGAAAGCGGAUGAGAUGCUGCCCUAUGCUCCGUUCCCAGAACUGAACGCCAUGUGCUUCCUGGUGACCAUACACGGCGUGCGAUCGAAGCGCGGAAAGUACUCCAUAAAGGAAAUGGACACGGUGCACCAGAAUGUGGUCAUGAAGCUGAGCAGUGUGCGUGUUGUGGAUGCCAAGGAAGUGGGUUCCAAGAAGAUACCCACAUGCCAGAUCAAGGUGGGCAAUCUGGACAUUGCUACCAUGAUGAUAGACUGCGGGAUUUCCGUUUCAACCAAUGAAAAACAAGAGAGCAAAAAGAAAUCUAUAUUCUUACCUACGCAAAAAGCUCUCGAAGAGUUUAAAGUAUUCGAUGAACUGGAUAACCUGGCUUCGGGGGAAGGAGAAUUAUCAGACGAUGAAAGGCCUCCAACUCGACGUAAAGACCAGACCCUUUCAUCUCCGCCCCCAAAGAAAAAGUACCAUAUUGACAGCAAGGAGGUGGAAGCCUUCGAGUGUGAUCAGGAUUUCGAUUGCCAGGAGGCUGCGGAGCAAAUGUACCACAACAAUAGUUUCUAUUUUACCGACUUAAAUAAGUUUGAUGGCGAAAGCGGCGCAGAUGAAUCGGGUGCAGAAGAUGAAAUGUCAUCCAUUUCCUCUGAGAGUAAUCAUAACGAGUUGGAGGCGAAUCCUCCCGAUGGCAGUCAGUUGGAGCCGCUCAAUUCCUUGGCCGCUGGCCAGUUGAAGCGCCGCAUUGAACUGCGUCAAAAGGAAAUGAAGGACAAUGUGAGCUUUUCCCCCUUGGACACAUCUACGGUGAGGUCUUACUACGAUGCCAGUGGCAGCUUCAAGAUACUAAAUCUCCCCAGUGGAGUAAAGCAGUUCCAGUGCACCGUGGAUAGCGUACUCUCGGCCACGGAGCUGCAGAUAGCACCAUGCCUCACGGAAUUCACCAAGUAUGACAUCAGUUUGGUCCAAGAGACGAGCGCUUUGAUCAAGGAUGCGGAACCGCUAAAUAAACCCAGUGUGGGCGACUUGUGCCUGGCCCGCUACUCGAAGGACAAGCAGUGGUAUCGCGCCAUCAUCAAGGAGAUUCCUACGGCCACUCCUCCAACCACUCCACAGGCCACCGUGUUCUACAUCGAUUUCCAUGACACCGAGAAAGUUCCGUACAAACACCUCAAGGUGAUGCCCAAUCAGUUGUUCAUGUUCCCACUGCGCUCCUUCCGCGUCAAGCUGCACGGCGUGAAGAAGAACAAGAAUUUCGGGGACAAGUCGGUGCGCCAGGCACUGCAGGCCUGCCUCUGCAAGCAUCCGCUGGUCUUUGCCCGGGUCCACUAUCCACUCAACUACCAUUCCAACAAGUUCGACCGUUCCGACAGCGAGUCCGAUCUCAUCGAGGUGGAGCUUUUCGAGAAUAAACACAAGAAGAAGCUCGUCUACCAAUCUCUGUGCGAGAAUUGGAUGUUACUGAAAACCAAAUAAUGUGGCGAAAUGCCAACAACAAUUCAAAAGAUAUUAUUAAUUUAAUUUUAAAGCGCUUAAAGGAUGCGCACUCUUAAUCAAAACGACUAUUUCAAAACUACAUAAAUGAAUAUGUACUACAGUAUUACUUUAUAUUUUAAUUUACUCAACUAUUAAAUUUAAUCGAGUUUUCAUAAAUAAAUUUAAAUUUCAUUUCAUGAUAUUACUACUUUAAA